AUGGGAUCUGAUGGAAAAUGGGUUCCGGCAUCAUGUAUUGGUACAGCAUACUUCGUCUGUGAACUAUCUCUGGGUCUCAGUUCGGACUGUAGUCCGUAUGCAUCAAAAGAGCCUGGAAGACGGAUAAUUGAGUUGACAGAUGGUACUCUUGCAGAAACUUAUUGUGACAAAGGAUUAACAGUUAUUCAAAGUCGUGGCGAAGAGAAAUUUGAGAGCUUUGAUAGAAGUUAUGAACAGUAUGAUGAGCACUUUGGUACACCAGGAAAAAAUACAAACUUCUGGUUUGGUCUAAGACGGAUGAGAACUUUGAUUGGAGCAAGUGGCAAAUAUGAUAUGGCUAUACAGGUUUGCUGUGGUAAUCAGCCAGGCAUGACCACUUAUGUUCAACAUAUCAAGCUAAGCGGUAAAGACAAACAAUAUCAACUUGACGGUACUGCAAGCGGUGAAUCUGGGUUACAUUAUUCUAAUGUUAGAACCGAUCUGGGUUCACCAUUUGCCACUUUUCACACACUUGGCGAUGGAAACAAGUACUGUGAUGUUUUGAACACUUACAAUGGAAAUAUUAAAGAGGGAAGUGGCGGAUUUUGGUUCGGAAGUUGUACUAACAAUUUGAAUGGUUAUUAUUAUAAAUAUGGCUCUAAAUAUUAUAAAAAUCCAGCCAGAUGUGAAUUAGACCUUCAACAAAUGGAGAAACAUGGUACUGGUAUAGAGAUUCGUACAGAUCGUUCACCGACCAAUGGCACUUAUCAGUUUGAUGGUGUUUCAUGGACCAGAGCAAGAAUGGUGAUCUAUCCGUCGGGGAUGAGCAUAGACAUGCAAGCCAAUAGCAGAGAUUACUGCGCAGAUUUUAAUCCCACUGCUUAA